UUUGGUGUUGGUGUUGGUGGUGUUGGUGGUGGUGUAUGGGGCAGGUGGAGGGUGAGGGUCUGAUGUCACUCCAGAGUGUUCCUCCUUUAGAAGUCAAAACAGCAUAUGAUUUGAUUUCACGCUCUUUUAUCCUUUAACUAGGCUGAUAACGGGGACGGAAAAGGCAACAACCAGUGUGUGUGUGUGUGUUUUUGUGUGACCACUCUCCACGGUCCCCUGGCACAGGGUCCAUUAGCUCUGGACCCCCUCCCUGGUUUCCCAGUGAUAGAGUAAACAAGGUGUGUUUGGCUUAUUCGCCAGGCAAAUAUUUGAUCUGGAAGCUGCCUGAUCUGACAGGAGACGGGCACACGUCUGUGGUUGUGACCUGCUCUAUAUAAACUCUCACCACCGCCGGAUCACUGUUACAUACACACGUGGAUCUGGGAACCUGGAUCCAUCAGCUGUGACCUGGACCUGGACAGAUCCUGACCUGACUGAAGAGAAACUGCCUUCAGGAUUGUUACCAUUUUCUCUUCCUAUUGUCCCCACCAGUGUUAUUGUGUAAACAUGGCCACGGGGAUCAUCAGGAACUUCCACAUCCACGCCCCGACUCCAGGCUACUUCCCCUUGAUUUUCAGGAACUCUCCACUCACAGAAAUCAAUGAAGAAGGAGAAGAAGAAGAGAAGCUUGAUGAAGUACUAGUGGAGAGGCAGGAUGUAGAAGAAAAAGAUGAAGAGGAGGAAGAAGAAGAGGAGGAGGAGGAGGAAGAAGAGGAAUGUGAAAACCCGGAGGAAGAUGAACAAUGUUUAGAACAGGAGUUUCUGAACUCGGCCCACCAGACCUUGGACGUCACCAAACAGCUGCUGACGUUUGCAGACCUGAUCAGUCGAGACGUUCAGAGGUAUUUCGGUGGCUGCUCUGCUGACAAAGACAGCAGUGACAUCUACAGCAACUCCAUCACCACCAGUGGGCGUCUGCGCUACUACGAUGACCUGCUGAGAAUCGCCGGAGCAGGGAGUCCGGAGGAGCGGGAAAACGGCCUGUCUGGGGCAGGCCCGGUGAAGGGCGGCAGUGGUUUGGGACCCUUGGCUGAACUCUUUGACCUCAUGGGUCCCAGUCAGGGCCGCGGCCAACCCAUGAUCAAGCGGCAUCUUCCCCUCAGUUUCUGGAAGGAGCCGCUGCCCUGCUGUCCUCUGGACAGCUACAGUAACACAACAGACGUCAGUGACGCGAUCUCACAGGUCAACGCACACACACCCUUUCACGUACUUAUACACAGUGACACACACACUCUGGACAACGAUCAGCCGGACUUCAGUGACUUGUUGGCAAACUGGGAUCCAAACCCAGAGCUGACACACAGUCUGAGUGAAGACACACACACGAUGCAGCAGUGAAGCCUGAGAUGAACUGAAGCAGACAAAAACAAACAUGUCGUGUUGUACCUUUGUUAUUGUUUCUAUUUUUAUAUAUUUGUCUUUUGAGCUAAUAAAACGGUGUUAAAUAAAAGUUAGCUCGACUUUUCUCUUCAACAGUUGGUAACAGUGUCUGUUAGCAUCGGGAACAGUUAACUGUCGCUCGCUGUAAUUGUUUUCUUUGCCAACAGUCACAGGAUUAUCUACAGUUACGUAAACAGAAUGGAGGAUUAAAUGUAAUUAUGACCAGUGUGAUUUGGCUUUGACUCCAAUUCAGGUGUUCGAGACAAGAAUAUCUGGUACUGCACAUGCAAAGAUACACUAAUAUUUACUCAAGGUACGUUGUUUUGCUUUUAACUGUCACAGUUUCUCUCUCUCUCUCUCUCUCUAUAUAUAUAUACAUAUAUAUAUACUGUAUAUAUGUGUGUAUGUAUAUUUAUAUAUUAGGACUUU